AUUUUAUCGGAAUUUGAGAUUGAAGUAAGGAAAAGGCAAGAAAAAAUGUAGUAAAUGCGAAAAAAGGACUCUUCACUCUUCUACUAAAAAGUCUUCAAAUUACCUCUCAUAAUUUGAAGUAAGAAGAGUAGCAGAACGACGACGUUGGCUUCCUUAUAAAUAAACAAUUAAUGUUAAAAACCAUCCAUAGAGAGCGUGGCUGCGUCGUCGCCGACCGUGGAACACUUCGCCGGCUAAACCAGGAUAAAUUCCCGAAGGUGAUCCAAUUACUGUUGGUAACCUAAUUAUUUUUUUCCUAUACAAUAUCCUCUCUUAGGUAGUUGGUUUGUGCUCGUUUUUCCUGUUCCGAGCUGCAAUUGGUUUGAAAUCUUCAAUUGCCGGAACUUUUUCGUUGGACUUUUGCGUCGAAUAAAUCUUUGUUAAGGAUGGAUAGUGGCUAUUUUGUUGAUAAGAACUGUGGGACUUCAAUGAUUUCCGCGGAUGCCGAAGAAGCUUCAGCUUCUGAAAGUGAUGUGAAACAGCGGUGUUGGGAUCAGAGGGAAGCUCUCCUGGGGGAACCUCGGUGCGUAAUCUGUGGUCGAUAUGGUGAAUAUAUAUGUGACCAGACCGAUGAUGAUGUAUGCAGCCUUGAAUGUAAAAGCAUUCUUCUUGAUCGGAUUGCAAAAUCGCAACCUCCUGUUCCUCGUCCAUCUCCAGUGAAAUUGCAAGCAACUGAUGAGUGUUAUUAUGUCAAUGGAAAUAAUGAUGUAUCUUUCUCUAGUUCUCUUACUAGUAACCAAACUGAACAGCUGAGGAGAAAACUUAUGAUAUCUGUGAAAGGAGAGAAUGUCCCAUCACCUGUUCUGUCUUUUGCUUCGUGUAAUCUCCCCCAGAAGCUUCUUCAGAACUUGGAAGAAACUGGAUUUGAAAUGCCAACUCCAGUUCAAAUGCAAGCAAUCCCAGCGGCGUUGGUAGGGAAAAAUUUGCUAGUUUCUGCUGAGACUGGCUCGGGGAAAACUUGUUCGUUUUUGGUUCCUUUGAUAUGUUAUUGUGCAAAAAUCAGUAGUGAGCUUCCCCAGGAUCAGAAAAAACCAUUGGCCAUGGUUCUUGCACCAACUCGAGAACUAUGCAUACAGGUUGAGGAACAAGCAAAGUUGCUUGGAAAAGGUUUACCCUUUAAAACUGCCUUAGUAGUUGGUGGUGAUGCCAUGGCUGGGCAACUCUAUCGCAUCCAGCAAGGCAUCUCUUUGAUUGUUGGAACACCAGGGAGACUCAUUGAUCUUCUGACCAAGCAUGACAUUGAAUUGGACAGUAUCUCGAUGCUUGUCAUUGAUGAAGUAGACUGUAUGCUUGAAAGGGGAUUUCAUGAGCAGCUUAUGCAGAUUUAUAGGGCAUUGUCAGUUCCCCAAGUGUUGAUGUACUCUGCUACAAUUCCAACAGAAGUGGAGAAAAUGGCAAACUCUAUGGUAAAAGAGUUGACUGUGAUUUCCAUUGGGAAACCAAACAAGCCAAGUGGGGCUGUAAAGCAGGUGGCAAUAUGGGUGGAGUCAAAUCGGAAGAAGCAUAAGCUUUUUGAGAUAUUGAUGAGCAAACAACAUUUUAAGCCACCUGCAGUUGUAUUUGUUGGUUCACGGCUUGGUGCUGAUCUCCUCUCCGAAGCAAUAGCAAUCAAGACUAGAAUAAAAGCUCUAUCAAUUCAUGGAGAGAAAUCUAUGAAGGACCGAAGAGAAAUUUUAAAAUCAUUUUUGGUUGGUGAAGUGCCAAUUCUUGUUGCCACUGGGGUAUUGGGCCGGGGUGUGGAUCUCUUAUCUGUAAAACAGGUUAUUGUGUUUGACAUGCCAAACUCUAUCAAGGAGUAUGUACAUCAGAUUGGAAGAGCAUCUCGAUUGGGUGAGGAAGGUACCGCAAUGGUAUUUGUAAAUGAGGAGAGCAAAAACUUAUUCAAAGAUUUAGUGGAAGUGCUUAAAUCAAGUGGUGCUGCAAUUCCACGGGAACUUACGAAUUCAAGGUACACUACGGUGCAGCGCUCCAAUUACAGGGGUCAUAAGAAAAGGAAGCAUGGGUUUUGAACUUCCGUAACCUAUAUUUGUGGAGUAUUCAAGAUGGAACAGCUGAUAUAGAACUUCAUGCCUGCUCAAGCUAUGCUUCCUCUUUCUCUCUUGUCGUGAUUUUGCUAGAUUGAAAGAGCUAAAGAUGAGGAACCAGUAUAGUCAAUGAUACAAGAUACAACUACAUUUUUACAUCUGGUCUUUCUUUGAAACAAACAAAAGUUGGUGUGCACCUUCUAAGGCGUUACAAAUGAAAAUAUGACUAUGAUGAUGGUAAAAGCUAAAACUCAUGCUCUCUUUUCAGUUGAUCAAUUAUUUAAUCUGACCUCUUGAGGAAUUCGAUUUCGAAAACGAUAUGGUGUGCUUCUAAUGCUUGAAUGCUUUAUGUUUUUGUAGGUCUUCUGUCUAAAUUCCUGAACAAUUGACUGCCACUCUCUGCUCUACCUCUUUAAUGUCGGUUUUAUGAUAUCUGCUUCAUGAUCAGUGACAACUGACAAACGCGUAAAACUUGGUAAGUCCAUGUCUGCUUGCUUGCUUUUUGAUACUGUUUGCGAAGGCAAAGAAGGAAACUGUGAGCUUUCCCUGUCUCCUGACUGGAUUUUUAUCCUGUGAGUCAUUGGCGAAGCACACAAAGAUUGAGUAAAUACCUGACAACAUGAACAAUAAUGUUAGCUAGAAUGUUUUCAACCAUACAAAUUUACUUCUCGGUUGUAUAGUAGUAAGAAUACAGCAGAUCAGUUCUAAAUCCUCGUUGUAAAAUCGACAUUUGACCAACUCCAUUGAUAUGAAUACGAUGAUUGAAUUUUUUGGCCUUAUCUAGAUGAUGCAAUUGAUAAUCCACUAUAAGUGAGAAUAAUUAGAAACACAGGCCUAUUGCAACCAUUCAUUUUUUUUAUUUUGUUUUUCUCUCCUGCCUUGACAUUGCAAAAGCCUUUUCCAUGGUCUUAGCGUCGAAACUUGGUACACUUGCACUACCUUUUCUAUUGGUACAUCACUUUCCUCAAUAGGUUACUGGUAACACUUAUGUUUAGAUGAUUGACUUCGUAUUAACUUCCAUCCCCUCCAGGGGGAUAAUUUCAUGGAAUUUAAUUAGCUCCUUUCGAAAUAGAUACUUUGUUUCUUCAGUUCUUUUUAGCUGUUUCCUUUUCAAUUGAUUUACUAUGUUUUUUCCAUGUUCUGAGAGCUGAAAGGAAACAUUACAGAUGAGCUGAAACAUAAUAAUGCUUAUCAUCGGCACAUGAUAAUGUUACUUAUUAACGGUACAAAUGUGGCAUCCAUUAAUUUUGUACAUUCAGCUGGAAGCUUAGUUUUUGUCUUCUUCUACUUUUUCAUGUUGCAGCUGGAUCAUUACUGCAGUAGUCACUAACUAGCUGUGUCGAGGCCGUUUGAAUUAGGGAAAUUGGAACUAGUUGAGUGAUAGAAAGCAAAAUGGAGAGUGAAAGUAAAGCCACCCUAACUAUCACGAGAGACCCUCCUGGUAAAACUUAAAAGGAGCAACAACAUGAAAGCCAAGGUUAGAGGACCGAAGAUGAUCAUGAUAGCCCUAGACACCAAUUUCAAGGUAAGUGAUGACAGUGUUCUUGAAGAAGAUACCGGCUGGCGUGCACCAUAGCGGGUAACCGGGGUGAAGUAGUUCUUUUUAUAAGCAUCAAUACAGCACAUGAGAAACAGAAGAGGGAGAAACAGACGAUAGUGGCGAUCAUGGUUUUGGGAUGAGCUUCAAAGGAAGAAACAGCUUUGGGUUGAUAUUUGGUUUGAAGAAGGGUUGCUAAGUAAGUGAACAUAAAGCUGAAGAUGGUAAACAUGGUAAAUAUGGAUCCGUAGUCUAAGUAAGAUCGCGCGGAUGAAAUUACGUUCUGAUCAUCUUCUUGAUCGCGGUUAUGAUCAUCAUUGUUGUAAUUGACGAAAUGCACAUAUCUUAGGUAGGUAGAUGGAAGAAUUGGAAAUUGCGUAGUAUGCCAUAAUUAAGCAAGACCUGUUAUACUACAUCGAAUACUUGAUUGGUUGUUUCUUAUCAAGAAACAAGAUUUGUUUACUUCGUUUGACUCUUGAAAUUUUCGCGAUGUGGGAAAUUAAUCGCAUUACAUCUUCUAUUCAUUACUUGAAAAUUAUUCUCUUUUUUCCAUUACUAGUACAUCUCCAGUGAGGGCGCCUCCUGUAAUUCCCCAACAGAGGGGAGCUGUUGGGAAGCAGCAAAAACCAAGGGCUAGAGAUAGGUUAUUGAUGAAUGAAAACUGUUGGUUGGGCAA